GCCAGGCCGGCCGGUUUGAUACGUGUGAAUUGGUAGCCAUAAAUGGACUCGAUGUUGCAGGUUCACUACACCAUCUGGACGUCCAAUUUUAGGCGUGCAUGCUAAUUGGAUAUUCUUCAUUUAAGUUCUUAUUUUCUCUUUCUUGUUUUAACUGUUGCUAGAAUUAAAUCAACCUUACUAUAAACUCAUUUGCAGCACUUCACUUUCCUCUUGAAUGGCCCAAAUUGGUGCGAUUUGAAUGACAUAAAAAAUUGCACGGCAUUUUAAUUUCUUCAAAAUAUUCCGCCAGCCCCGAUCGAGUGCAAUGGAUCCCGGUCACUAAAUCAGUAAUAAAUCUUUUUGCUACUGAAAGAUUUUCAAAUUGGCAACAUCCAUUGCGGAGUUCAUACUAAAUUCUUUGGAUCCUCUCGUCACAUUAGUUCUUUACAAUUAAAGAUGUUUUUUCUCCUAUAAAUAGCAUCUGGUUUGGCUGCUCUGAUCAACUGAUAGCAAGAGAGCGGAGAUGGCAAAAAUUGCUAUUGCCAUCGUUUGCAUUGCAGCUACUGCCUUGCUCAUGGCCUUCGGAGCCAUGGCCCAAGGCAGUGGAUGGGAAACCGGAACUGCCACUUUCUAUGGAGACAUGAGUGGAGGAGAGACCAUGAAAGGAGCGUGCGGAUAUGGCGAUCUCAUCAAGCAAGGGUACGGCCUCGAGACGGCAGCUCUAAGCACAGCCCUCUUCAACAAUGGUCUCACGUGUGGAGCGUGCUAUGAAAUCCAGUGCUACAACGACCCACAGUGGUGUGUCCCGGGAAGCAUUACCAUCACUGCCACCAACUUCUGCCCCCCGGAUCCCUCGAAGCCCAGUGACAACGGUGGCUGGUGCAACGCACCCCGCAAGCACUUCGAUCUCUCCAUGCCGAUGUUCGUCAAGCUGGUGAAGGACUACCAUGCAGGGAUCAUCCCGGUGCAGUACCGGAGGGUGCCGUGCGUCAAGAAAGGAGGGAUGAGGUUUGAGAUGAAGGGCAACCCCAAUGCGAUCCUUGUGUUAGUCUACAACGUCGCGGGUGCUGGAGACGUGACCGCGGUGUCGGUCAAGGGCUCGAACACGGGCUGGAUACCGAUGACGAGGAAUUGGGGCGAGAACUGGCAGACUGAUCAGAAGUUGGUAGGUCAGAGUUUGUCGUUCCAAGUGACUGCAAGUGAUGGGAGGAAGGUGGAGUCUGAUAAUGUUGUUCCUGCGAAUUGGAAUUUUGGGCAAAACUUUGAAGGGAAUCAGUUCUAAUGGGGAUGGUGAUGGGGACAUCGGAGCUGAUUAUGUCCCCGCUUAGUCCACCAUUUUAUUUUUCAUAUUUGUUUUAUGUUAUUUCUGGGCUUGUUUGCAUUUUAGGGCUUAUUUGUGUUAUUCGUGAGCUUAUUAGGAUUUAUUUUUGUAUAAGGGGAUUUAUGCAAAUUGUGUAUUUGGGCCCUAUAUAUAAGGAACUAUUUUCAUGAUUAGGGUUUUAAUGAAGUGAAUUGAAAUUUCU